CGUUAAUUUACGCGCGAAGAACCUCUAGUCGUAUCCAAUCAAAAAUAUGCCUGAAGGCGGGAAACCAAAGAGCAAGAAAAAGGGCAAGGCUGUCACGAAGGCCGGACCACCCGAUGAUAAGGAUUCCAAGUCAUCCGGAAAGCCAACAGAUGAUACAACCGUGGAAUCCGGAGCCGCUCAGACAAAUCCGGACGAGACGAAAGCGCCCGAGUCCUCGGACAACACAGCAGAGAAACAUGGACAGAACAACAUAGACGGCGGUUCACCGGACAAGCAUGGCGAUGAGGAAAAAGCGCCCACGCACCCUGAUGGCACCGCGCUCGUGAACGACGGGGCCGAGGCGUCCUCCCCCGAUAAUCUCCAAUCCCAAGAAAAGUUUGACGCGCUCGUCCGAGACCGAGAUUCUCUCCGCGCCGAGGUCACAGAUAUGCGCAAAUCGCUGGAGGAAAUACAAUCGAAGCACCGUGCGGACAUGGAAGCCCUGCAGCACAAGCUGGAUGACACCGAAAGCAAGAAAGAGCAAGCAGAGACACAGUUCCAGAAGCUUUUGGAGAGGGUGAAUGUCAUCAAGUCACAACUAGGUGAAAGGCUCAAAGAGGAUGCUGAGGAGCUUGCUCAAGCGCGGUCGAAAAUCGAGGAGCUAGAAGAACAGAACGUGGCCCUCAACGAAGAGCUACAGGGUAGUAGAUCCGAGAUGGAAGGGAUGUCUAACGAAAAUGAAGAGCAGUCAAAGGAGCUUGCUACCUUACGAGAUCGGACGAAUUUGUCGCAGCAGAAUUGGCUAAAGGAAAAGGAAGAGCUCCUCGAGCAGCAAUCAUACCUCCAGUCAGAAUUCGAGCAGGCGAAGGAAGCCAUGCACAAUUGGGAGAUCCUUGCAAUGGAAGAGCGGUCUAUCAGAGAGAACCUCGGCGAGAAGGUCAUAGAUCUGGAGGAACAGCUCGGCAGUCUUAAAGAUGCUUACGAAAAAGCUUCCGCCGAACGCGAUUCAGAGCUGGCCACUGUGGAUGGACUGCAACGCGCUCUACAGGAGAUACAAACAGAACGGAAACGAGAACUCCGUGAGCUUGUGGAGAGUUCUGAUGCCCAGCUUGAGGAACUUAAACGGUCGUUGAAUGGUGCGGAAGCAAAGGCAUCACAGGCCGAUAAAGAUCUCGCGAACGCCCAAAGUGAGCUAGACAGAGUUCGACCGUUUGAGAAAGAAGUUAGGGAGAAGAAUCUCUUAAUAGGGAAGCUUAGACAUGAGGCAGUGACCUUGAACGAUCAUCUGACAAAGGCCCUGCGGUUCCUCAAAAAAGGGAAACCAGAGGACAAUGUUGACAGGCAUAUUGUCACAAACCAUCUACUGCAUUUCCUUGCCCUUGAUCGGUCCGAUCCCAAAAAAUUCCAGAUCCUCCAACUUAUUGCAGCGCUUUUAGGAUGGAAUGAUGAGCAACGUGAACAGGCAGGAUUGGCACGCCCAGGAACGUCGAGUUCUUCCGGCAAACUGCGUCUCCCAGGAUCAGUUCAUCGUACCCCUAGCACGUCCACCCUGGCCACGGAGUUCAUGGACAACGGGAACACGAGUAAAGAAUCACUGGCGGAGUUAUGGUCCAAUUUCCUCGAACAGGAGUCACAAGCCGCACAUGAGGAUCCAUCAUCAAAGCAAUAACCACAGACUAGCGAUAUAUAGGCGAUCGUUACGUUGCGUCGUUCAUUCAUUCAUCCUGUCUGCGAUUUUACCGAGCAGAUCAUUUUAGAAGCCGCAUGAUAAGCAGGUCCUUAUCAACAACUAUAAUCCAUCCAUCUAAAUAGAAAGACCCUGC